AUGAUCCCUAAAGUUUGCUAUCUGUUGUUUUACUUCUUCCUGAGCCUGGUCGUCGCCUCUCCGGUUGCUCUCCAGGUGCGCGAUGAUACGCCAAAGCAGCUGGUUAUCAAACAGACCAUUAAGUCCGGAACCAGCAAGGAUUGGACUGUGUUCGGCUCCUAUCUGACCUUCGAUAAAGAUGCCAAGAUUGAACCAGGGCAUCUCGUCGGCAUCGUGAAAAAGGCCUACGACCAAAUGGUUAGCACGGCUAAUACGGUUGAAAGCAAGAAGAAUCUUCCCAACGUCAUGACUGCCAUCCAGGUCGGAAACGAGAUCUUCCUGUCCUCUAACAUGAAGGGCGGCGGCGGCCACUACAUCUAUAACAUGCAGGAACAGCCUCUUCCGAACAAGGGCCAGGCCGAGGACGUCGUUGAAGACGGAUACGGUGCUUUCGCCGAGGUGCUACAGAACAACGCCCCAGAUGUCAAGGCCGCACUGGACGACCUGCGUAGGAAGUCGCGUGAGCUCGACCACAAGAACCCCCAGCCCAAUUCUCAGAACCCUUCUGGUACUAAGGGCAGCCAUGGCAAGGGUAGCCAUACCAACAGUCAACAUUCCUCCAGAAAAGGCUUUUCGAAAACCGACCCCAACGAGGCCUCCCAAGAACUGAAGCACAACCGCCAGACUACCUUCCAACACAAGAAUGACGCCAACUGCGGCGAGGUCAUGGCUUCCAUCCGAUAUCGCAAUGUUCACAAGGGACAGACCGAACAGCUCAGGAAAAAGAACCCCAAGCCUGUCGUCGUCGCCUGGAGUGUCAUGCCGGGGAAGCCCGGCACUAUCCGGGAGCCCUGCGAGAAGGGACGUACUCUGGACGGCGAGGGGGCCUGCGGACUCAGCUGGGGAUGUGGCGCUUUCGUCGGUCCCCAGGGCAUGGACUUCGACGUGGUUGAUCGCAAAACUAAGGCCAUUGAGGUGGACGCGAACUUCCCUAAGUUCACGGUUCACGAGGCCGAGCUACCGAAACCCACGAUCAAGCAGCAGACCACCAAACCUGAUCAGAGCAGCAGCAACAGGAACAACAACAAGAACAACAAGAACAACAACAAUGGCCAGUCUGGGUCCACCUCUAAGCCGCCUGCUACCAAGCCCAAAGACGAUACUCCCAAGAAGCCACCUACUCAGCCUCCGGCGAAGAAGCCUGACACCAAGAAUGACCCCAAGAAGAAGAAGAAGGGAGGAAAGUAA